CGGCGCACCUCGAGAAUGUCUCGGAUUUCUCAAUCCAAAAGCGGGAGAGGGCGUCGCUCCAAGAAAAUAGAUCGGAUUAUAGAAUCCAUAUCGCCCGACGUUUUCACCAAUCCCUACAGCCCAAAUCCUCCAAUAUUUGAAAAUAUGAAUCUGCGUUCUGUAUUUACUGCAGAACAACAAAGGAUAUUGCAGCGUUAUUAUGAAAAUGGAAUGACAAAUCAGAGUAAAAAUUGCUUUCAGCUCAUAUUACAGUGUGCACAAGAAACUAAGCUGGACUUCAGUGUAGUCAGGACCUGGGUUGGCAACAAAAGAAGGAAGAUGAGCAGCAAGAAUGUUGUGGAUUCUGGAGGCACCCCAUCAGGGACUGUUGCCAGCACGUUGAACAUACCUACAGUAACGAAUGUCCGAAGCCUAGCCAACCUUGCUUCCCCCCAAACCCAACAGGCAUCUUGGACGUCCUCCAACAACGAUGUCAUGGUAACCGGUGUAUACACCCCAGCCAGAUCUUCUCACAGGCUGGUGUCCACUAAGCAGUCCAGUGCAUCGGUGAGUGAUCUGCAUAAAAAUUCUCUUCCAAGGCCACAAACAAAAAGUGAACCUGAGUUUCAGCGGCAGCAGAUUGCAGUGGCACAGCAAGCCCCCCACUGUAAAAAUGCUUCUCUGUUCCUGGGAGAAAAGACUAUUAUCCUGUCAAGGCAAACAAGUGUGUUAAAUUCAGCAAAUUCUAUUUAUGACCAUGCUAAGAAAAGCUAUGGUGGUUCUUCGGUUCAGACUGCAGAGUUGGUUUUACCUCAGAAGCCCAUGUUGUGCCACAGACCAAGCAAAGUGGAACAGAUGGGAUGUCAAAGGUUACCGAAACCGGAGCAUCCGAUCCUAGCCUCACAUGUGCCAUCUGGGCAAAGGGCCAGCAUUAGAGAUCCUUCCUGCAGCACGCACAAUGUGGAAAUUCGGGAGGUUUUUUCCUUGGCUGUUACUGAUCAACCUCAGAGAAUCCUGGGAGGAAAUACUCAGAAGCCAUCGUCCUCUUCUUCUGCAGAUGGCAGUUAUUUGUCCAUUGCCAUGGAAACGGGGGAUGUCGACGAUGAGUAUGCUAGAGAGGAAGAAUUGGCAUCAAUGGGUGCCCAGAUACAGAAUAACCCCCGACUAAGGGGCACAUCCCUCAUGGUGGAGAACCCAGGCACAGGCCUACCAGGAUCAGGCAGAAGUGUUGGCUGCAGUUCACACUUGGUUAAUUCCAGGGACUUGCACAACAGUACCCCGUAUCAUAACAGAGACUACCACUUGCCUCCACGUACCUCCUUGCAUACUAUGUCCAGCACACUAUAUAGCAGUUCUUAUCCAUCAAGAGGUAAUCUGUCUUCUCAUUCUGCAGCUUCCAAUCAACGAAGGCUGUCUCAAAACCAAAAUAAUUACCAGAUUUCAGGAAAUCUUCCUGCACCUUGGACUAUGGGGAGUUCACGAAAAAGAGCUCUACAAGACCGUACACAAUUCAGUGACCGGGAUUUAGCUACCCUUAAGAGAUACUGGGACAGGGGCAUGACGAGCCUUGGUGCAAUUUGCAGAGAGAAAAUUGAAGCAGUCGCUGCGGAGUUAAAUGUUGACUGUGAAAUAGUACGGACUUGGAUUGGGAAUCGGAGACGAAAAUAUCGUCUAAUGGGAAUUGAAGUCCUCCCUCCUCUAGGUGGCCCUGCUCUUUUUCCCAAUCAAUCUGAUUCCAGCAGUAGAUCAAUAACCAUUCCAGAAGAUGAUGCUUCGACAGAUGUUGGAGAUGAUAAUGACAGGAAUGAUGAAGUUUCAAUAUGUUUAUCAGAAGAAAGCUCACAAGAAGAACAAAGUGAAGUUCUUCAGAAUGAAGACACUGGCCACGGAAGAGAAGACCAGGCUACUCUAACUGACACUAAUGGGACAAUACAAAUCAUAGACGAUGAAGAAGAUGGUAUGAUAAGUGAAAUAGAACAAUUGAAUUGUCUUCUGGAAUUCAAAACCCAGGAAGUAAGGUUCGCUGAAGAAGACCUGGAGCAUGAAAAAAAGAAGUACGCUGAGCUACAGGCUUUCACUCGGCGUUUGAUACUUGCUGUCAAAAUGGAUGAUAAAGAACAGCAGCAGGCACUUCUGGCAGACUUGCCUCCAGAUUUAGAAGAGAUGGAUUUCAAUCAUUCAUUUCCGGAACCUGAUGAUACCUCGUUCAGCUUGUCGUCUUCAUCGGAGAAAAACACCUCGGACAGUUUGUGAUCUUUGAUGCAAUGCAAUGUACUUGCCUAAUCUGUAUGUUUUGAACAAAUUGCAUUUUGUUGGCCAGUACCCUUGAAUAUGAAGGUGGGGGGUAGGGGUGGAGCUGGGGAGACUAGCAGCCUUGUUAACUGGGGGAGGUAGGUGGUAGCCACAAAUUCAGAAUUUUGUUUUUUUAUUUUGGUGAAUGUGAAAGCUACUUGAGAAAAAUACACUAUGGUUCUAGCAUCUA